AUCGCUUACUAAACAGCCCACAAAUGAUACGAGUGGCAGCACGGUAUUUGAGCAAGGUGCUGCUCACUCAGCCCGUCCCAAAGCUCACUGACACGGUGGUGAUAGCAAUGUCGUCGGGCGUGGACUCGUCAGUGGCGGCGUCGCUCUACAAACAUUAUCCGAACGUAAAAGGUAUCUACAUGGCCAAUUGGCACAAGAAUGCCAAAUGCAAUGAACAAGAGUGGAAAACAGUCCAGGAAGUUUGCCAACAGCUACAGAUUCCAUGUGAGCGUGUUGGCUUCGAGAAAGAGUACUGGCAAAAGGUUUUUAGUCCUAUGAUAGAUAAUUACAGCAAUGGCCUCACACCCAAUCCAGAUUUGGACUGCAAUAAGCACAUAAAGUUUGGUGAACUUGUGCAAUAUUUGGACACAAAACACCCAACCGACUAUUGGCUUGUGACGGGCCAUUACGCUCGGGUCAUGAACAAUACCGAUGGUCCGCAGCUACUUCGAGCGGUGUAUGGCCAGAAAGAUCAGUCAUAUUACCUUUCUUCGAUCAACCCAAAGGUGCUAUCCAAACUUUUAUUUCCUAUUGGUCACAUGACGAAACCCCAAGUCCGAGCCAUAGCUGCCGACUUAAACCUUGUAAAUAAAGACAAGCCAGACUCCAUGGGGUUGUGUUUUGUGAGCCAGGAUGAAAAGAAGUUUGAUAAGUUUCUUGACGAGUACAUUGAGCCUCAACCUGGAAACAUUAUUACUGAGGACGGCAAGGUAUGGGGCCAGCACAACGGCUUGUGGUACGGAACCAUAGGUCAGCGGGCAAAGAUCUCCAUGCCACAGGGAGACCCUCGAUACCAAGGAACAUGGUUUAUCAGUGAGAAACGGUACGAUACCAACGAAUUGGUGAUAGUGAAAGGCAACCAGCACCCGGCCUUGUUCAAGAAUAAGGUGCGUGUGGGGAGGUUUCAGUGGCUUCAGGAGCCGGUUGCGUAUAUGGCCCCACGGUUUUCCCUUCAGUAUCGGUCGUUGCAGCUGCCGGUGCAGGUGGAAACCUUGGAGAUCAAAGGAGAUGAAGUUGAGAUGAAGUUGGUGGAAUUUCAGAGGGCAAUGGCUCCGGGGCAAAGCGUGGUGGUAUAUGAUGGAGACCGAGUAUUGGGGAGUGGUGUACUCCUUGAGGCGGUGUGUGAGCCGCAGUGGAUGCAAAAGGUGCCUGCCGGUGACUACGCGAUGGCUGCAAAUCUAAUCCAUUCCUAAAUAACUAAUGUACAUAUAAACAAACACCUUUAAAACGCGGUGAUCUGAGGGUAUAAGUUGCACGAUGUGGCCAUCUUCUCGUGUAAAUACGACAACACUCCCUUGACCAUGGUCUUAUGUUUUUCCAAGUCAGACACACUCACCUUUUCAAGAUCAAUGGCCAAAGCAUCAACGUCAUCCACCUGGGAAUCGGCGUCGACUCUCGACGAUUUCUGAAAGUUCGAAACCCCUCCAAAGUCGGACGACACCGGGUAGUUGAACUGGUUGUUUCUUGGGUAGUUGUUGGCCAUCAGUGGGUAGGAACCAAACGCACCCUGGGCCGAUUGAACCAGGGGAGUGUGGAACUGAGGCUGGGCUUGCGCCUGGUACUGAGGCUGGGUAUGGCCCGAGCUGUGGUUGUUGUUAAUGGUGUUCUGCGGGUAGCUGAACGUCUGGUGGAACAGGUCCAUAGAUUGGUUGAGGGUGCUGAAAUACUUUUCGGCAUCGUACAAGCUAUUGACUGACGGAGCCUGUGGGGCCGCAAAAGCUUGACCUUCCACAUUGUUCAACCGGUGCAUCAUUUCGGAGUUAUAGGUGGGUUCUUUCUUGAAGAAACUGGCCUUGUCAAAGUUGAAUUCGCUCAAAAUGUUGUUGAUGAUGCUAACGUUAUUGGAUUUGCUCUGCUGUUUCAACUGCUUGUUCAACUUCUUUGCCUGGGUGUGAUCCUGAGUGUGGGUUUUGGAGUGUUUCUUCAAAUCCUGUGGCCGCUUGAACGAUUUGGGACACAACUCGCAGUGGAAGGGCUUCAAGGGCACAUGCACACGCAAGUGGCUGGUGAUGUGGUCUCGUUUGAUGGUUUUGGUCAAGCAGUUGUCCCAGUAGCACGUCAACGACAAGUUGUUGGACGACUUUCUUCCGACGUGGUCGUCACACAAAUGGUCGUACAAGAUUUCGGGAGUGUCGUACACAUUGGUGCACUGGUUCCAAAGACACCGGAAGGGACCUUUGAGGUCUUCGGCCUUAAUCUUCUUAUAGGUUUUCUUGCGCUUGGCAGGGUUGGCAGCGGUUCCAGGAUCGGGGCCGGAUGGGGGCGAAAUGGAGGUGGAGGCGAACGACUGGCUGGGGGAGUCGUGGACUGAUACCGACGAAUGGGGUGUGAGCGACAAGCUGUCAUAGGUCGACACCGAUAACGAGUCCUGGCGUGAGGAGUUGGCCGAGUGGCUAGCAGACUCUGGCUCCUGCUUCAAGGUGAUGGGAAUAGGGAGCGAGUUGUGGAUGUUGAGGUUGUUACUGUUUAAGGAGUUUUCCUGGUUGCGGUACUGGUUGGCAUUAGCGUUUAAAUAGCUAAUGGGAUGUAAAUUGUAGUUCAUCUUCGUGUCGUUGAAAUCCAAAUCUUCCAUGUUAAAGUCCAAGGUAUUUAUGUUAUUGAAGCUCAUUGUAGAUUUUUCUUGUGUAUUUUUCUUGUUCUACUGGUUGCU